CACAUGUCACAUGGCAUGUGGGCCCGCGGAGCAUUUUGUCUCGUUUACCCACUCUCUGUCGGAUGCUCGGACUCAUGUGCGCACGCCGACGACCGCGGCCAUGGAUCCCAGCGCCUCAUCAUCCAUCGGUAUAUCUACUACUACGUGCCACCGUCGUCCUCAACCUCCCUCCCUCCCUACCUACCGAUCACGCACGCGCACCACGGGCAGGUCCAACCAACACACAUGGGGCACGAGAUGGUGGCAUCCAACGGCGCCGGCGGCGGCCGGAGGACGACGAAGCCGCACGCCGUGGUGAUCGCGUACCCGUACCAGGGCCACGUGAUCCCCGCGGCGCACCUCGCGCUGCGGCUCGCCGCGCGCGGCUUCGCCGUCACCUUCGUCAACACCGAGUCCGUGCACGAGCAGACCGCGCGCGCCCUCGGCGUCGACCGCCACCGCUACGACAUCUUCGCCGGCGCACGCGCCUCGGCGGAGGCGCUCGACGUGCGGUACGAGCUGGUCAGCGACGGUUUCCCGCUCGCCUUCGACCGCUCGCUCAACCACGACCAGUUCAAGGAGGGCGAGCUGCACGUGCUCGCCGCGCACGUCGAGGAGCUGCUCCGCCGCGUCGUCGUCGACCCGGCCUCCACCUGCCUCGUCGCCGACACCUUCUUCGUGUGGCCGGCGACUCUCGCCAGGAAGUUGGGCAUCCCGUACGUGUCCUUCUGGACGGAGCCGGCCCUCAUCUUCAACCUCUACUACCACAUGGACCUCCUCGCCGCGCACGGCCACUUCAACUCCUCCAAGGGCCCGCCGCGGAAGGACACCAUCACGUACGUCCCCGGCGUGCCGGCGAUCGAGCCGCACGAGCUCAUGUCGUACCUGCAGGACACGGACGUGACCAGCGUGGUGCACCGCAUCAUCUUCAAGGCCUUCGACGAGGCCCGGCGCGCCGACUACGUGCUCUGCAACACGGUGGAGGAGCUGGAGCCGUCGACCGUCGCCGCGCUGCGCGCCGAGAAGCCCUUCUACGCCGUGGGCCCCAUCGGGUUCCCCCGCGCCGGUGGCGACGCCGGCGUCGCCACCUCCAUGUGGGCCGAGUCGGACUGCUCGCAGUGGCUGGACGCGCAGCCGGCGGGCUCCGUGCUCUACAUCUCCUUCGGCAGCUACGCGCACGUCACCCGGCAGGAGCUGCAGGACAUCGCGGCCGGGGUGGUCGGCAGCGGCGCCAGGUUCCUGUGGGCGAUGCGGCCGGACAUCGUGAGCUCCGACGACCCGGACCCGCUGCCGGAGGGCUUCGCGGCGGCCUGCGCCGGGCGCGGCCUGGUGGUGCCAUGGUGCUGCCAGGUGGAGGUGCUCGCCCACGCCGCGCUGGGCGGAUUCCUGACGCACUGCGGCUGGAACUCGGUGCUGGAGAGCGUGUGGGCAGGCGUGCCCAUGCUCUGCUUCCCGCUGCUCACGGACCAGUUCACCAACCGGCGGCUCGUGGUGCGCGAGUGGCGCGUCGGCGUGCCCAUCGGUGACCGCGGCAAGGUGUUCGCCGACGAGGUGGCGGCAAGGAUCCAGGGGGUCAUAUCCGGCGAGGAGGGACAGCAGCUCCGGCAGGCGCUGAAGAAGGUGAGGGCCAAGCUCAAGGCCGCCGUGGCCCCCGGCGGGUCGUCGCAGAGGAGCUUCGACGACUUCGUCGACGAGCUCACCGGCCGUUGCGGACGUACAUUGAUGAGCUAAACCGAUCCGAUCGGAUCCCAUCGGCGGCCUGCAUCUCAAUCAUUCAAUGCAUUGUAGUAUCCUAGGGAGUAAGUGCUCAUGAUCUUGCAUGUUGAGCUGGAUGUUGGUUGCUCCUUUUUUCCUCCGAUCCACUAUACUACCUGCUGCUAUAAUUAAACGACAUUCCAAGUAAA